AUGCUUGUUCAACAAUAUUUGAAGGAAUUUAAUAAACAAGCUAAAAACAUAAAAUUUCUUUCGUAUACAGACGAAGUUGUGCUGUCGAACAAAUUAAAAUCCAUUCAGUCGCAAUUUUCUGAUAUCACCGGUGAUGCCAAUCUUCAAGAGUUCUUCUCUAAUUUAUAUCAUUUAUUAUGUCAAUCGUCUGAUCUUAAAACUGAAUUACUUGAUAAUUGCUUAGACAUUUUAUUGACUUCAAUCACAUCAAACAAUGUGAGAGUUCAUGACAUGAUCCUUGCUGACUUCCGAUUCCUUCCACUACUCAUCGGUAGCAUCGCUAAAAUCGAAAGAGAUAAUGAAUCGAAGCUAAUCAAAGUUCUAAAAAUAAUUCGCGAAAUGUUGAGUUACAGCAGUGAACUUGAUGAAAGAAAUUUGAAAUACAUCGUGGAAGUUUUGAAAGAUCACAUCAAUCAUAACGAAAGCAAGGAAGUGAAUCGACUUUGUUUCUAUAUUCUUGCAAAUCUAUGUCUUGUCAAUCAUGCUGCAAAAUAUCUCAUCGCACGAGUCGUGAAAACAUCGGCAAUGAAACAGAAAAUUCAGAAUCUUUCUGACGAUCUUAUUAGUUUCAAAUUCUUCAUUCUUCUUGAAGACGAAUAUAGUCCAAGUGAUUUUGAAUAUUUUCUAAAGAUGAGCAUUAAAAAUAUUCAAGCUGGCAUUAUUGAUUUCAACAUUAAUCCAGUAACUCAUAGUUUGGAUAUCGUUAAACAUUUUCAAGGUUUAAAAAACAAUUUCGACUUUAGAAUAAGUGAGAAAGAAUGUCUACAAAAAUAUUUGAAUAAUUUAUGUGAUGUUCUAAUUGAAAGGAUAGAAUCAGAUGAAGAAAGUUCUAGAAAAGAAAUAUUUUUUGAAAAUAUUUUCGAUUAUUUAAAUAUCCUUUUGAAGAUCGACAAUGAAUUAAAAGAAGAUUUCAAUAACUUCACUAACGUCGCAUUCUUAUCAGCCGACAUUUCAAAAUCUGCCGAAGCCCUAAAUUAUCUCUCAAACUUUGUGGAAUGUGAAGGUUCUUUAAAAUCAUCCGAGAUUGUUAUAGAAAAUAUUCUCGAAUUCUUUAUUACCGAAAAUAACGAAACACAACAAAGGAUCAGCUUCAAACAGAAAUAUUCACUUUUAAAUGCAGUAAUUUCGUUGAAGAGGAAGGAAAUUCUGAGUGAACUUCAUUUCUCCGAAAUUCUUAAAUACUUUGAAGCAAUCAUCGAAAGCAUGAAACGAACAAAUCUUUCAACCGUCGAUGAUGAAGAAGUUUUUCUCUUCAUUCAUUGUCUUUCGUCUUUAGCUUUCAUUGCAAAGACUGAGUCAAGUUUUUAUGGUCUUUGGAACAUUGCUUUGAAUUUAGAUUACUUGCCAUUACUUGUUGCAAAAGCUCAUCUCACGAGAAACGAAGACAUUCUUGAAAAGAUUUUUAAUUUGAUGAGCAUUGAGAACUUCCCAAAAAGAAAAGUCAUUUCACUUCUUUCUAAAAGCGGUGCAAAAAUUGCUGAUGGAAAUCAAUCAAAAGAAGUUUCAAUUUCAAUGCAAUGUCGUGAAAAUGAAAUGAAAAGUUUUAAUUUCAUUGAUGUUAAACUUCGUGAUGAACUUCAUGAAGUGAUUAGCAGAAUAAAUGAGAAACUUGAUAAUGAUGAGAUAAGAAAUGGCGGAAUUCCUGACAUUAUUCAACUUUAUCGUCAAAAAAUUGAAAACUUGAAUGAUACAUUGGCGACUCUUCAAUCAAAUCUCAACGCUUCAAUGAAAACUGUUGCUGAACUUCAACAACAAAUAGUCUUCAAUCAAACAGUCACCGAAAAGCAAGAAUUUGCCAAUUGGUGUCUUCAUUUAGACAACGGAAGAUUAAUUAAAGAAAAUGAAGAACUUUUAUUAAAAAUUACAACUUUAAAAUCAUCGCUGAGUUCCUUCCAACAAAGAAUCGACAAAGAAGAAAUGAGUAAAGUUCAAAACGAAAAGAAAAUAAAGAUUCAAGCUAAAGAGAUAGAACAAAUUAAGAUCGACAAAGCGCAGGUUGAAUUGAAGUUGCAUGAUAUGAAGGCGAAGGUUCACGUUAUUCAAAAGGAAAAUGAAACUCGCAUCUCGGAAUUGAAAAAGAGUUUAGAAAAUGAGAAAAAGCUUAAAGACGAAGAACUGGCUGAACUUUUAGUGAAAGAACAGAAGAAAUUCGAUCAGAAAAACGCCAAUGCCAGUCGAGAAAUUCAAAGACUGCACGAACUUGUCAAAAUGCAUGAAAAUGAAAUCGUUCAAAAGCAAGAAAAGAUUCAACAAUACGAAAUCGAAUUGAAAGAUUGCGAACAAAUGAAGAACACAAUCAUGUCGAUGAUGCAAACAAGAUCCUUCAAAAAGUAA